AUGGAGGACGCAGAUGACGACAUCGCUGUUAUCGGGAUUGGAUGCAAUUUCCCUGGAGGUGAAGGUUUGGACAAUUUCUGGAGGGUUCUGUUGGAGGGAAAGAACUGUGUUGUGGAUAUUCCACCAGAGAGAUUUGACACCACCUUAUGGUAUGAUGCUGAUGAGAGCAAACCCGGAAAGACUCAAACAACCAAAGCAGCUCUAAUAGAAGGGUUUAAUGAGUUUGAUCACAGGUUUUUUGGCAUCACCGAAGCAGAGGCUGAUUUCAUGGACCCUCAGCAGAAACUCCUUCUGCAGUGUGCAUACAGGGCAUUAGAAGAUGCGGGUAUAGCUAUGGAAAGCAUCAGCGGAAGCAGAACUGGAGUGUACAUAGGUCUGAUGAACAGGGAUUAUGAAAUACUCCAAAGUAACAGUCCAACUACGAUUAACCACUACAAUGGCACCGGUACAGCCAUGAGCGUGGCCGCCAAUAGAAUAUCCUUCAUCUUUAACCUCCACGGCCCUUCAUUUGCCAUUGACAGUGCCUGUUCUUCAUCUUUGGUGGGGCUUCAUGUAGCCUGCCAGGCUAUAAAGCAAGGAGACUGUGAGAUGGCUCUAUGUGGAGGAGUCAGCUGUAUAUUAGAACCAAGAGUGUUUAUUGCUCUCGGCAAGGCAAAGAUGAUUUCACCUGAUGGGACCAGCAAACCUUUCUCUAGCAGAGCAGAUGGCUAUGGUAGAGGGGAGGGCUGUGGUGUAGUUCUCCUGAAGCCUCUUAAAAAGGCCAUAAAAGACUGCAACAGAGUAUGGGGUAUCAUCAGCAAAACCGCGGUCAACCAAGAUGGACACUCCGUUACUCCAAUUACCAAACCAUCCAUGACACAACAAGAGGAACUCCUGCGCAGAAUCUACUCAAAGUCCGACCUUGCAAAUGUCCAGUACAUAGAGGCUCAUGGGACUGGAACCCCAGUUGGAGACCCAAUAGAGGCGGGAAGCAUCUCAAAUGUCAUCGCUAAAGCCCAACCUCCUGGUUCAGAGACAUUGCGGAUUGGCUCUGUCAAAGGCAACAUAGGACAUACAGAAUCUGCAGCGGGAGUGGCCGGACUGAUAAAGGUACUCUUAAUGAUGAAGCAUGCAACCAUUGUUCCGUCAGUUUUCUACUCAGAAGAAAACGCCAGUGUAGAUGUAAAAGCUCUUGGUAUAAGAAUUCCAACCAAAGCUGAAAGAUGGGACACAGAGGGAUCAUUAGAGAGGCUAGCUGGGAUCAACAGCUUUGGAUUUGGAGGUACAAAUGCACAUGCGAUUGUAAGAGAGUACAGACACACCACCGUACCCAGUCAGAUCCACAAAAGCUGUACAAAUCUGUUUGUUACAUCUGCAGCCUGUGAGAAAUCAUUUAUUCUGUCUGUCACUGACACCCUAGAGAGGCUUUACAAUGAUCAAACUGUUGACUUACAGGCCCUGUCAUACACUUCUGCAUGUGGAAGGAGUCAUUCUAGGCACAAAUAUAGAAGAGCUUUCCCAACAUCUUCCCUCUCAGAGUUGAAACAUCAACUGACAACUGUAUUGAAAGCAAACGUUGAAUCCAUAAGUCCUGACAUCAAGCUGGUCUUUGUGUUUUGUGGAAAUGGUGUUGCCUACUGGGGUAUGUGCAAGCAGCUCAUAACAGAGGUCCCUGUUUUCAGAGAUAAGGUCAGAGAAGUUGAUCAUCUCUUUCAGAGUCAUAAAAACACCAGCAUCAGUCAAUGGCUUGCUGGUGAAUAUGAUAAUGAUGAUCUGAGCAAGCCAAAUGUAGUCCAACCUCUUCUUUUUGCAGUUCAGGUUGGAAUUGCAGCCCUCUUAAAGCACUGGGGUAUCAAACCUGACGCUGUGCUGGGACACUCUGUUGGUGAGGUUGCUGCGGCUCACUGUUCUGGUCUCUUGACUCUUGAGGAUGCUGUGAAAGUGUUGUACCACCGUAGUACGCUCCAGAAUAAGGUCACAGGGGGGAAAAUGCUUGUUGUUAGUAAUGUGGCCGUAGAAAAGGUGUUAAAAAUCCUUCCAGAGUUUGCUGGUAAAAUUUGUGUUGCAGCGCUCAAUAGCCCCCAAUCCUGCACUCUGUCUGGGGAUGCAGAUGCUAUAGCCAUCCUUCAGGAGAAGCUGAAGAUUGUGUUUGCAGAGGAACAUCUCUUCCUCCAUGAACUAGAUGUACCAGCAGCAUACCAUAGUCAUAUGAUGGAUCCUAUACUUGAUGACAUUGAGAAAAGCAUUAAUCCCUUGUAUGCCAAAAACAAGGAGUGCCAACUUUUUUCAACUGUGACUGGAAACUGUUAUUCAGAUGGUGACUUUACAACAGGAAACUACUGGGCAAAGAACAUCAGAGAGCCGGUUUUAUUAGAACAAGCACUGCAUGCUGUCACCAAAGACAAGCACUCAAAGACAAAUGUGGUCUUUGUGGAGAUUGGACCCCGUAGGGCUCUCCAAAGAAACAUACGCGAAACUUUGGGGAAUAACACUUUAGUUCUUCCCUCAGUGCAACCAGAGAAAGAUUGCAACACAAUUUUGUCUACUGUGGCCAAGCUGUUUGAACUGGGCAACAGUGUAGACUGGCAUCAGCUGUACAGGGGUUGUGAAACAUCGCCCACAGAGUUUCCAGUCUACCAUUUUGACAACACCAAAAAGGAAUUGAAUUUUGAAGCUGUGAUAAAAGGUAAUAAAUCAUCUGCCCCUCAUAUGCUCUUAUCCCAAAUAAAGCAUGACAACAAAGAGUACAUAUGCAACCUCUCAUUAGAGACAGCGCCAUAUCUGUGGGAGCACAAAAACAACGGUGUUCCUAUUGUGCCAGGCGCAUUCUAUGUCGAACUGGCUUAUGCCUCAGUGAUGGCGAGUUUAAGGCCAAAGAAGCCUAUAUCUCUGCUUCAGCUCAGUGUAAGAUUUGAGAACCUGUUUGCACUCAGCUCCAACUGUCAUCAGUUGAAAGUGACUCUGGAACCUGGUGAGAAUGGAGCUUCAUUUAAAAUACAUUCUCCUGUUGCAACACAUUCCUCUGGCACGUACAGAUGUACUGAUGGCCAAACGCUGAUAGAAGAACCGACCAUUUGUCUUGACAUGAUCUACCAAAGGUGUAAAUUGGUGAUGAAGAAAAAAGAGAUUUAUUCUAUUCUAUCUCAAGCAGGAUUUGAAUAUGGCACUGUCUUCAAACAGCUUGGGGAUGUACAUUUUGGAGAAGUUUUCAAGGAAGCCGUGACAGCUAUUCAAGUCCCAAAGGAACUUCUAAAGCACCUCCAUGACUAUUUCAUCCACCCUGUGCUAUUGGACUAUUUCUUGCAAAUGACCGCUGUGGUAGCUAUCGGAAGGCUAACAGCCAAGCAAGGAUUUCCCUCAGCCAUUGGUAGUGUAGCCAUAUCAGGACCUCUACAGGAGAAAAUGGUCAUGUACUUGCGAGCCACUCAAGAGACCCCAGGUUUCCUUGAGGUGUCUGGUGGCUUUUCCAACACAGAUGGUCUUGUACUUGUGGAACUAAUAGGGGUGAGGAUCUCAUUUUUGGGCAAUAGCUCGAAUGGUCUUCAGUCACGCUUUUUCCACAAUGAAAUGAUCUCAAUUACUGACAAGGAAGACUUGCAAAAUUCCCAAAUAAAAGCAAUCGUUUUUGAAGACAAACUUGGCAUUGCUCAAGGAUUAAGGCCAUACUUACACCCAGAGUCAGCAUUUGUUGAGAGCAGAGAGCAUUGGAUGGCAGACCAAGUUCAAAAAUUAGUAUUGGGAUCACUUAACAGCAAUGAUUUGGAAAAUGUUCUCUUCUUUUGGGGUGUGGAUGAUUUCAGUCACUUGUCACCUGAGAAGAUGCUGGACCGCUUGGUGGCUUGCUGUGAGCUAUUUCGCCAGAUUGUUUUAGUCUUGAAAGAGAGCAAACGCUUUUUCACUGUCCGUGUCAUAACCUUCAGAUCUACAGAAAGGACUGUGGACCACGUCAGUCCUGGUUUUGUUCUGUCUGGUAUGACAAGGGCUUGUGCAGCAGAGAUUGCAGGCCUCUCUUUUCAACUGAUUGAUCUUGCUUCUGUAACCAGUGAAGACAUUCAAACGCUGGUUUGUGUGAUCAACACUUGCCAACAUCAUGAGGUCAUAAUCAGUAAUGGACACGCUUCAAAAACGAGAAUUGUAAGGACGCCCAUGAGAGAGGAUGUUUUGUGUGAAGUAGAUAUGCUGUCAGUACAUGAGGACGACUUUGUUCUUCAGACAACUGAUCCAUACAGGAUGGCUCACUUGUCUGCCGUCCCCUACGACGCAAAUGCAAGUCCUGUCCAAGAGAAGUCUGUUGAGAUUCAGCUGACCACCGUAUGCGCUCAUUCAUCAGAUUACUUUCCCGUCACCACUUCACAUUUAAACUUUGGCAAGACAAUGUAUUGGAACAAGCAUACGUCACUGAAUCACAAGCUUCUGGCUUUAGAUUUCAGUGGAAUCGUCACAGCUGUUGGGAAAGAUGUAUAUAAUCUAAGAGUGGGAGAUCAUAUCGCUUCCUGUUAUCCAGUUACCGCCACUGCAAAGAUCAUAAUUCCUGGAGCCGUGUGCUACAGCACCAACAAACACCCGAUGUUGAAAGAGACUCCAUGUGUGUCUUACUUCAUACUGGCCUGGGAGAUCCUGCAGAGAAUGCUGUCUAAGGUAGAACAACAGUACAGAAGGCUGAUCAUCAUCUCGUCCAACUCAGCCUCUGCUCUGAUGAAAGUUUUGGCUUUGUCAGCAAACAGGUCAGGCUGGAAUGUUUCCUCCCUUCCACACUUCCGAGGACAAUCCCUGCAUUUUGAUCGGAGUCAUGCAUUUGUAUUUCUUCCCCCCUUUGAUCACUCUUGGCAGGGGAUGCAUGACAGUGGUAAUCCCGAUAGACACAUUGUUUUUGUCUGUAACAAUGACAUGUCCUCACUCUCAGCGAACCUGUUUGCAAUGAAGAGUGAACACAUUCAAGUGCAUAAACUGGAUGUGGCUAAUGUUCUUCAAAGAGCCAAUCUGCAAAAACAAAACAGGAAUAUCUCCAAUUGGCUAAUCUCAUUAGGUUUUGAUACAUUAUCUCUACCUUUGAAAAGGGAGACUUUCCAACUGUCACGCACAAACAAGCGUCACACUGAUGCAGAUGAUGAGUCCUACUUCACAACAAAGAUGGUGCAGCAAGUUGUUCUAAACCAAACAGUAUCUGACCGUCCAGUGUCUGAUAUCCCCUUCCUUCCAAGGUCCGGAAAACUGUUUAAACAAAGCAGUGUUUAUAUUGUAACGGGAGGGCUCUCUGGUUUGGGACUUGAGACCGUAAAGUUCAUUGCCCAUAAUGUUGGAGGUUGUAUUGCAACGCUGUCCAGAAGUGCUCUGACUGAUGAAAUGAAGUUUGAAAUUGAACUGCUCCAGAAAAGAUAUGGGGUGACAAUAAUGAAUCUCCAAUGUGAUGUUUCUGUGUCGAUGCAGGUCUUGCACGCAAUCUCAAUGAUUAAACAAAAAUUCCCCUCUUGUCCAAUCAAAGGAGUGUUCCACAGCGCUGCGGUGUUACAUGAUGCGUUGAUCGAAAACCUUGAUGAGUCCCUUUUCCGAAAGGUGCUGCAGCCCAAAGUGUGUGGGGCUCUCAAUCUACAUUAUGCAACACUUCACAACAAACUCGAUUUCUUUGUGUGCUACUCCUCCAUCUCUUCAUUUAUUGGCAAUGCAUCCCAGUGUAACUACGCAGCAGCCAAUUCUUUCCUGGACAGUUUCUGUCAUUAUCGGAGAAACCUUGGACUUGCUGGACAGUCCAUCAACUGGGGUCCUUUGAACCUGGGUCUUUUGUUGAACAAGGACAAUUUCCAACAGUUUUUGGAGUCAAAGGGGAUGAUGGUCAUGGAUGUGUGUGACGUUCAACAGGCACUUGAAACCUGUCUUGUGAUGAACAGACCACAACAAGUCAUAUGUAAGUUCAACUUCAAAAACCUUCACAUUCAUGUGCUUUCACAAAAUGCCUCUCUCAGAGAGCGGCUGUCAGGUCUAGUGGAAAUGGAGCUUAAGGAUUAUCUCAAUAAUGAGCCUAGGGUUCAGCAUUUGUCUUCGCCACAUGAGAGUGUCAGAAGAAUUGUCAGUGACAUCAUCAAUGUUAGUGUGGAUGAGCUGGAUGAUGACUCAACUCUGUGUGGGCUGGGAAUUGACUCAAUGUUGGCCAUGACGCUUCAGAACAAAAUGUUUCAAGAAACAGGUGUAAAUGUACCUUUGGUUAAAAUACUGGACCCCAACAGUACGGUGGCCACCUUGGCAUGUAUAGUAACAAAUGGAUAAUUUCCCCUAAAAAAACAAAUGGGUGGGAAAAGCACAUGUGAAAUAAUUGCCCCCAUAUGUUAAUGGCCACAGCUUCUAAACAGCAGUUGUGGCUCACGCUGUGACCCGCAACAUAGAUUCAAGAUGCAAAACAAAUAGAGAGUUAACAACCAGCAUUUUGCUUUUAUUGAGCCUCUCUUAAAACAAGCUUACUUAAAUGAGAAAGGUCUGGAGGACUGGCCAAAAUGAACAAAAAAGUUAGAGGGAACCUAAGCCAGCCACACCAUGGGCCGUAGGACCCAGAACUUCCCCCCCCAGAACUAAAAGGCAGGUGUGUAACUUAAGCCACGAAAACUGGUCUACCAGGUCUUCCAGGCUAAAUAAGAGUCAUGACAAAAGGAAUGCAGCCCUAAGGCCUAACUACAGGUUGCGGUCUGCAGCAGAGAGUGUCGGCCAGCGUCAGACAGGGGGACAUCCUUCUCCUCCAGCCUUCCUUUUAUACCGGUGAUUAGCUGAAGUCAGGAACCCUUGCCUAGGUGCACCCUUGCAAUCAGGAGGGAGAGAACAAAAGGAGGGAGAACGUAACAUUAACAAAUUACACUACAUUCCACA